CUCGACCAUUCUCUCAUAUAACUCCCUUUAUAUAAACUUCUCAUCACUCCAACAAUUUUAGCUUAAGAUCAUCUCAAAGUAAAUAAAUAAACCGAGAGAUUCAUUUUUCUUAAAAAAAAAAAAAAGAAAAAGGAGUGAAAAUGGCAGUAGCAAAAGAAAUCAUGAGUAUUCCAUUAAUUGAAAGAAGUUUAUUAAUUUCUUCCACAAAUUUGAUCCAAACUUUCCAUAAAAGGAAGAGUCCUGUUUAUUCUAAGCCUUUUAGAGGGAAAAGAUUGUCUGUGGUAAAGCCAUUAGCAGCUGUGAGUGAAGAAUAUUACUUGAUUAAAACAUCUCCACCGUCUGAUCUGAGAAUCAAUCAUCAUGAUCAUAAUUCUGGUGAUUCAAAACUCAAGGUUAGAGCUGUGGUUACUGUUAGAAACAAAAAUAAGCAAGAUUUUAAAGAAAGUGUUGUUAGACAUUUUGAUAAUUUGGCUGACAAAAUUGGAAGAAAUGUUGUUCUUCAGCUUGUUAGCACUCAAAUUGAUCCACGAUCAAGAGGACCGAGAAAAAGUGGUGAAGUAGUAUUAAAAGAUUGGUCAAAGAAGUCAAAUUUAAAAGCUGAAAGAGUAAAUUACGUUGCUGAAUUUGUUGUGGACACGAAUUUUGGUGAUCCUGGAGCAAUUUUGAUUACAAACAAUCACCAACAAGAGUUUUUUCUUGAUACUAUUACUGUUGAAGGUUUUGCAUGUGGCCCUGUUCAUUUUCCUUGUAAUUCUUGGGUUCAAUCUUACAAAGAUCUCCAAGCCAAAAGGAUCUUUUUCCAUAAUAAGCCUUAUCUACCACAUGAAACACCAGCAGGACUGAGAGCAUUAAGGGAGAAGGAGCUAAAAGAAUUAAGAGGCAAUGGGAAAGGAGAGAGAAAAUUGUCAGACAGGAUUUAUGAUUAUGAUAUUUACAAUGAUUUGGGAAAUCCGGAUAAAGGAUCCCAAUUUGUCCGCCCUAUUCUUGGCGGUCAAGACAUCCCAUAUCCUAGACGCUGUCGUACUGGCAGACCUCCUAUGCAAACUGAUAGCAAGUAUGAAAGCCGAGUAGAGAAGCCAUUGCCAAUAUACAUUCCAAGGGACGAACAGUUCGAGGAGUCUAAGGCAGGAACGUUUUCAUUCUGCAGGCUUAGAGCAGUUCUUCAUAAUUUGUUACCAUCCUUCACAACAAACAUCUCCUCCAAGUAUGAUUUCACUGGGUUUAAGCACAUUGACACUCUAUUCAGUGAAGGAUUGUUGCUUAAUCUUGGAUUACAUGAUAAAUUUCUUAAGAAACUCCCAGAAGUGGUCCAAAAAAUCCAAGCCAAUAGUCAGGGUUUGCUCAAGUUUGAUACUCCUCUCAUUAUAUCUAAGGAUAAGAUGGCCUGGAUGCGAGAUGAUGAAUUUGCGAGACAAUUUCUAGCGGGUGUGAACCCUGUUAGCAUCGAGAGAAUGCAAUCCUUUCCACCAGUAAGCAAGCUCGAAACAAACGUUCAUGGUACGGUUGAAUCUGCCCUUAAAGAAGAGCACAUUAUUGGGUACCUAGAUGGGAUGUCAGUGCAAGAGGCUUUGGAUACAAACAGGCUUUACAUUGUGGAUUACCAUGACAUCUACCUCCCAUUCUUGGAGCGUUUGAACGCCAUGGAUGGUCGCAAAUCAUAUGCAACUCGAACUGUAUUCUUCUUGACCUCACUUGGCACGCUUAAGCCAAUUGCUAUCGAGCUAAGUCUGCCUCCAUCAGGACCCAAUCGGAAGUCCAAAAGGGUCGUCAAUCCUCCAGUAGAUUCGACCAAUAAUUGGAUUUGGCAACUAGCCAAGGCUCACGUCUGCGCUAAUGAUGCAGGGGCGCACCAACUGAUUCAUCACUGGUUGAGGACACAUGCAGCAUUGGAGCCAUUCAUUAUAGCCGCACACAGACAGUUAAGUUGUAUGCAUCCGAUUUACAAACUCAUGGAGCCUCAUAUGAGAUACACAUUGCAUAUUAAUGCUUUGGCUCGUCAAAGCUUGAUUAACGGAGAUGGUGUUAUCGAGGAUUGUUUCACUCCUGGACGUUAUAGCAUGGAAAUAAGUGCGGCUGCAUACAAGAAUUGGCGUUUUGAUUUGGAAGGCCUACCUUCCGAUCUUAUCAGAAGGGGAAUAGCGGUACCAGACAGUACACAGCCACAUGGAAUAAGGCUUUUGCUAGAGGACUAUCCAUAUGCUGCCGAUGGGUUACUAAUUUGGGGGGCCAUUGAAAAUUGGGUUCGAGGUUAUGUGGAUCGUUACUACGAAGACACAAAUCUAGUGGCUGAGGAUCGAGAGCUUCAAGCUUGGUACAAUGAGGCUGUCAAUGUAGGCCACGCCGAUGUAUGUAAUGCAAGCUGGUGGCCUAAACUGAACACACCAGAUGACCUAGUAAAAAUCAUUACUACACUAGUAUGGUUGGGCUCAGCCCAACAUGCUGCCUUGAACUUUGGACAAUACCCAUAUGGUGGGUACAUGCCAAACCGUCCAGUUUUGAUGCGUCGUUUGAUCCCAGACGAAAAUGAUCCUGAGUAUACCAGUUUCUUGUCGGACCCUCAAAAGUUCUACCUCUCUGCCGUUCCUAGUGUCUUGCAAACUAGCAAGUUUAUCGCGGUAAUUGAUACCCUCUCCACGCACUCCCCUGAUGAAGAGUACCUGGGGGAACGUGUCCAGCCCUCGACAUGGACUGGAGACCCCGAGAUUGUCGAGAAAUUCUUCGAGUUCUCAUCGGAGAUACGAAGGAUAGAGAAAGAGAUUGACAGGAGGAACGCUGAUCCUCGUCUAAGGAAUAGGUGUGGUGCUGGUGUAAUUCCAUAUGAACUUAUGGCUCCUAGUUCUGAGCCUGGUGUUACUUGUAGAGGUGUGCCUAAUAGCAUAACUAUUUAAAGACUAAAGUUGGGGUUUUCUUACUAGAUUAACUAUUCAGAUUUCAGCCCAAAUUAAGUGGUUGGGAUCUUGUAAUGUAGUAGUUCUAAGUCUAACUAAGUAAGUCAAUGAUGUAAUAUGUUAAUGGACCUAGAGAAGGUUAUAGAUUUGUAUGAUUUGUAUAAACUGAGUCCACCAAAACUUUAUCUCUAUCUAUUGUAUAUGUAAUAUGGUGUUUCUAUAGUUUUUGUCA